CACAUUCACUCAUUCACACACUGACACGGCCGUGCACACAUGCGCAUGCUUCUGCCCACUGCCACACAGACUUGUGCUGGCAUCUCGGAGGGCAGCCCCAUCUCCAGUCCAGUCCUGGGUGUCGAAACUGAUCGACCCUCUCUACUUCAGUUCACCUGACCUCCGAGAUAGAGACUCUCCAGCCUUCCUGUAGACUGAACUGAAUUCUCAGGGCCGUCAUUCACAACUCCAGGCAUCCCAACUGAUCUACACUAGCAAAGACCAGUAACACUAGGACCAAGGAGAGAAGCGCGAGAACUUCAUUUGAGGAUACCGUUCCUUGUCUGACCCAAGCCGAGCUCAACGACAUCAUCACCUGUAGACUGAGGAUCCUGCAGUGGAGCGCAAUAUUUCCAGUACUGUAGACUCUUUGUGGGACUAUAAGUUGUCUUUCUGCAACAAACAAAGACUGAAAUAAAACAAGGACAAAUCCAUCUGAUUCAAACACAUUUCACCAUGGCAACCACGGGCAUGCAGUUGCUGGGCCUAAUCAUGUCCCUUGUGGGGUGGGUGGGUGGGGCGAUAGUCUGUGCCAUCCCUCUGUGGCGGGUCACUGCCUUCAUCGGUAACAACAUAGUGACGGCUCAAAUCAUUUGGGAAGGCCUUUGGAUGAAUUGCAUUGUGCAGAGCACAGGUCAGAUCCAGUGUAAGGUGUAUGACAGCUUGCUGGCUCUGCCCAGUGACAUGCAGGCUGCCCGAGGCCUCACCGUGUUCUCCAUCCUGAUCUGUGGCCUGGCUCUGUCUCUGGGUGUCCUAGGAGUCAAGUGUACUAAGUGCAUUGGUGUAAACAGCGUCAAGGCCCGUAUUGCUCGCAUCUCGGGCGCCAUUUUUGCCAUCGCAGGGUUCCUCUACCUUGUGCCCGUCUGCUGGACUGCCCACUCCAUCAUCAGGGAUUUCUAUGAUCCACAUGUCGCAGCCCCACACAAGCGUGAGCUUGGCCCUGCCCUUUACAUUGGCUGGGGGGCAUCAGCCUUGCUCCUCAUUGGGGGAUCUCUGCUCUAUGCUGGGUCAAGUCCCCCUGGCAUGCCAGGCUCUCCCACCUUCAGCAGUGGAGAAAGUAGUCCUCGCAGGGCACCUGCCACACAAGUCAAAGGUUAUGUUUAAGUUUCCAAAAUUUUGGAAUGCCUUCAAGUCCCAAAAAUACACCCUAAACAAUGACAAACCUGACUCCUCUCCUUUUGAUUUUGCUACUUGUAAUUAUUUUAUAUUUAAUGUUAUUCCAGUUAGCUUUUUUCUCUGAAAAGCUGCAGGAGGCUGUUUGGGAACAACUGAACUCAUUUUAUU